AUGGCGCUCAGGGCAAAGGCGCGGGUGCGGCUGGCGGGGCUGGCGGGGCUGGCGCGGCCCCGGUGGCCCCUGGGCGUUACACGCGUGCUUGGCAGCCAGGCCGCUCCCAGGGCGGUGCUGCCCUUCCAAGCCAUCCCUCGGCACCCGGGCAGCAAGUGGACGAGGAUGCUGCAGGUGUGGAGAGAGCGGGGCUCGGAGGACCUCCACCUGGAGAUCCACCGCGCCUUCCAGGAGCUGGGGCCCAUUUUCAGGUUCAGCACAGGGGGGAAGCAGAUGGUGCUUCUGAUGCUGCCGGAGGACGUGGAGAGGCUGCACCUGAACGACGGCCAGUACCCCCAGCGCAUGCUCAUCCUGCCCUGGCUGAUGUACCGGCAGCACCGUGGGCACAAGUGUGGGGUGUUCUUGAUGAAUGGGCCCGAGUGGCGCUCCCAGAGGAUGGGGCUGAACCCCGAAGUGCUGUCCCCGCAGGCCACGCACAAGUUCGCCCCGCUGGUGGACACGGUGGCGCGGGACUUCUGCCAGGCCCUGCGGGCCAAGGCGCUGCAGAAUGCCCGGGGCAGCCUGACCCUGGACGUGCAGCCCAGCAUCUUCCACUACACCAUGGAAGCCAGCAACUUGGUUAUUUUCGGAGAGCGGCUGGGCCUCCUCACGCAGAGGCCGGGCGUGGGCAGCCUGGACUUCGCGCUGGCUCUGAAGAACAUGUUCUCGUCCACUGUGCCCCUCAUGUCCCUGCCCCCGAGGCUGUCCCGCUGGGCCAGCCCGGCGAUGUGGAAGGCACACUUCGAGGCCUGGGAUGGUAUCUACGCGUAUGUCGACAGGUGCAUGCAGAAGAUCUACCAGGAGCUGGCCCUCGGCCGCCCGCAGCACUACAGCGGCAUCAUGGCUGAGCUGAUGACUCAAGCAGAGCUGUCCCUGGACACCAUCAGGGCCAACUCCAUUGAACUCACGGCCGGGAGCGUGGACACGACAUCUUACCCCCUGCUGAUGACGCUCUUCGAGCUGGCUCGGAACCCCCAAGUGCAGCAGGCCCUGCGCGAGGAGAGCCUGGGGGUGGAGGCCCGGGUGUCAGAGCACCCCCAGAGGGCCAUGGCGGAGCUGCCCCUGCUGCGGGCCGCCAUCAAAGAGACCUUGAGGCUGUACCCCGUGGGUGUCUUUCAUCGCGAAGUGACCUCUGACCUGGUGCUGAGGGACUACCACAUCCCUGCGGGGGUGUCGCUCUACUCCCUGGGGCGAAACCCCUCCGUGUUCGCCAGGCCCGAGCGCUACCACCCGCAGCGCUGGCUGGACAAGCGGGACCCCAGUACCUCGUUCCAGCACCUGGCCUUCGGCUUCGGGGUGCGCCAGUGCCUGGGGCGGCGGCUGGCCGAGGUGGAGAUGGUGCUGCUGCUGCACCACGUGCUGAAAGGCUUCCUGGUGGAGACGCUGACGCGAGAGGACCCCAGGAUGCGCUACUGCUUCGUGCUGAUGCCGGCCGCCUUCCCCCUCCUGACCUUCAGGGCCGUCCGCUAG